AUGGAUAUUCAUAUGCUCAUCUUGGUUUUGAUUGUUGCUACAUCUACUGCUAUUCACUGUGGGAAGGGUUUCAAGAGUUGCCCUUCUGGGCAAUGCUGCUCUAUAUGGGGUUAUUGUGGUAAAACUAAUGAUUAUUGUGGUACUAAUCGAUGUGAAUGUGAUUGCAACGGUCAGAAAACCUGUAUGGAUUCUUCUUGUAAAAUUAUGUAUGUCACUGGUGUUGGUGUCCAUCAACGUGAUGGUCCUGGUAUUACAUAUGGAAGGAGUAAAGACUUCCUUAAGGGUGAAUCUGUCUGUGUUGUUUCCACUACCAACGGUUGGUCCAAAUUGAAUAAUGGGAAGUAUGUUUCUGCUGAAUAUUUGUCAUCAAAUAAUCCUUCCUCUGUUUCAAAUGUUAAGAUUAAACACACUAAAAUUAGAGAUGCCCUGAAAUCAACAAAAUGGAGCAGCAAGGCAGAUGCAUUGACUCUUGCUUAUGAUACUGCCAUUGAUAAUGGGUACAGCAAUGAGGCAGCAGUUGGUCUCAUGGCUAAUAUUGCAGCAGAAGGGAAUUAUGGGAUUGUUGAGUAUGCUUUCUCUAAGUUACAUAACUUCGGAUUUCGUCUACCUUCUGGUAGUACUGAUGGUAAAGCUAAGACAAUUGCUGAUAUCAAAUAUAUUAGAGAUUGGACUACUGAUCCUAAUGCUGGUUUUAAAAAGAUGACAAGUUAUACACUGAACAAAGGAUCAUGUGGUUUUGGCUCUGUCCAAUGGUCUUUCAAACGAAGAGUUAGUUUUGCUAAAGUUUGCUUAGAAGUUAUGACUAAAGACUCUGAUGUUAAUGACAAUAACUGGGCUAUUGCUGAAUCCAAGUUUAUUUCUAAGGAACUCAAAGAUAGUUACUACAAUAAAGUUGCUAAUGCUGCAAAAAAGGCAGGCAGUACCGUUGAAGCUUGGGCUGAGGCUUUCACAGAUUACUAUGAGAGACCUGCUAAAUCCGAUGGUAACAUGUCUGCCAGAGGUAACGAGUGUAAAAAGCGCAGAGGUAUUGCCAGAUCAAUCUACGAUCACUUAAAAAGUCAGAAUGCUUUCUGA